AAACCCUAAAAUUAUAAUUAUUUGGGUUCAGGAAUUGGAAUGGGCUAAGUGCGUGGCUCAAUCCCUCCGUGGCUAAGCUCAACUUAGCCCAAGCAAAGCAUUUGAGCACUCGCGCCUUUUCUCUCUCGCUCUGUCAACAAACUCGGACAACAAUGGCUUCUUCCAAAAGCUUUCGGAACUCCGUUUUCAUUCGCCGGAUUCUCUUUCUCACGUUUUCAAUUUUUUGCUCUCUUGCCUCUGCACAUGAACGCUCUUUAGUGGUUGGUGAGUCUGGUAAGUUGCAGUUAUCUCCUAGCUUGCAAGUGGUUAAGUCACCGGGUACUAAACCUGGCGCUUCAGUGCUUUGUGAAAGAGUUCAUAUACAUGGGCUUUCUAGGCUAAAAAACUUGAAAAAGUUCUCCCAUUCAUUAAAGGUGGCAGUUUCACAUUCAACUUCGAGCCUUGGCAGGCCAAAUGUGGAGGUCUGUUUCCAUAGGAAUGCUUCCCUUGGGAUAGGGAUGUGCCCGCAAGGCAAAUGGGAGAAGGUUGAUAAGGGUUCAUGGGCUCGAGCCAUGUCACCUUUUGACCACAAGCUAUUAGAUAUAAGGAUGGCUAGUUCAUCCGUGGAAACUAUUGAACUGUCCAUUCAAGAAGAAUUCUUCAUGUAUCGUGUGGUUUUCUUAAUCUUGGGCAUUGUUUUGUUGAGCCUGGCAUCCUCUUUGAGCAAGUCAUUAGCUUUUUACUACAGCAGUGCCAUGGCAAUUGGGGUCAUCCUUGUAAUAUUGGUAGUCCUUUUUCAGGGGAUGAAGCUUCUGCCAACUGGUCGAAAGAACUCGCUUGCAAUUUUUGUAUAUUCAUCUCUUGUUGGUUUGGGAUCAUUUCUUCUUCGCUAUUUGCCAGGACUCUUGGAUUCAGUACUUGUGGAGAUAGGAAUCAGCAAAGACAUGUAUUAUCCUUUAACCAUUUUUCUUCUGGCUUUUGUCACUUUGGCUGGAGCAUGGAUGGGUUUCUGGGCUGUCCGUAAACUUGUCCUAACAGAAGAAGGUUCAGUUGAUAUAAGUACAUCCAUUUUUGUUGCCUGGUCCAUCCGGAUUUUGGCUGUCAUCAUGAUUCUUCAGAGUUCUUUGGAUCCCCUGCUGGCACUGGAAGCAUUGAUAUCUGGAAUAGUGAUCUCAUCAAUAUUAAGGAGAAUUUUUAGAUUAAGAUUUUUGCGACGGUUGUACAAGAAGUUGUUCAAAUUCAUAAAACAUGUCCAGAUUGGAUCUUAUGUUCCUGAAGUAUCACCAUUUGGAAAUUCCCACAACGAAUAUAUGUUAAGGACUCCUGAGGACUGGCGUCGGACCAAACGAUUCAACCUGGCUUCGUGCAGUUCACCAAUGCAAGGUCUUAGCAAAACGCCAAAACAUCAACUGUCAGAUUCAGAUAUGUAUCCUUCAACCUUUCACAGUACACCUGAAAGGAGGGAAUUUUCAAAAGCUUCGUGGGAAAAGUUCACUAGAGACUCCACACAAAAAGCGGUCAAAGAACUUGUUGCCUCUCCUGAUUUCAGCCAAUGGGUUGCCGCAAAUGCAGAAAGAAUCACUGUAACUCCAAACUCCACCAGUACUUCUAGUCAGCCACUCCCACGGCGCAAGUGGCUUCUUUGGUAGCAGUUGCGAGCAUGUUAACUGAAAACCAGCAAUAUGAUUGGCACUAGAAAAGUCAGCAAGAAAACUCACGAUGAGUACAUAAACAUCGGUAGCACAAUGCAAUUUUGUAAAAUCAUAUUGUAAAUUACAUGCAUAGCCCUGAUUGUAAAAUCAUGUGAUGAAUGUGUAUUGUAUGCACAGGUUUUUGACAGACCUGGCAACUAGUCUGGUUAGAUUAUCUUAGCUCUGGAAAUCCAUUUCAUUUCAAGCUGAGGCACUUUAUUCUGAGUUCUGCACUGUAAUCCCAAGGAAGUGACAUUGGCCAUUGUGAGAUAUUCAAAGAACAGUAGGGCACUUGCCCUUUAUUUUGAUUGAAUGUUGGGUAUGCUUCCCUUUUGUUUGACGGGAAGCAACUGGGAGUUGUCUUAUUAUUUUACAUUCUGUACCUCCCUAUGCAAGAAAUGUCAAUUUUAGUGGCGCACAAUUUUCUA